AUGUGGCCGACGCGCCGGGGCCAAACCCCACACCACCAGCUGGCUUUCGUGUUCGCCGACGCAACGUCCGGCAAACACGCCGGACACGCGCGACUGCCAACAAUAUUGCGGCCGAGGCGGCCGACGCACGGCAGCGUGCGCGAGCAUCACAGUCGCGUCGUCGCGGCCCGCGACCGAGGCAGAGCGGGGCAGGACGCCCACCUCCGUAUUCCGCAGCGCCAGGGCAAUCCGCUGCGCCAGGGCCAUCAGCAGCGACUCGCCCACGCGCACCAUCGUCGGCCUCGUCUGCACCCCGCCCUUCCGCAGCACCAGCAUCAUCUGCAGUGCCAGGGCCUUCCGCAGCGCCCCGCCCAUCUGCUGCACCGUCACCCGCCUCUGCGACCCUCCCAUCCACUACACCUGCAUCAUCCGCAGCCCCCCGCCCAUCUGCAGCGCCAGGGCCUUCCGCAGCUCCCCGCCCAUCUGGCCUUCCGCAGCCCCCCGCCCCUCCGCAGCACCGUCACCCGCUUCUGCGACCAGCCCAUCCGCGGCACCUGCAUCAUCCGCAGCGCCCUGCCCAACUGCAGCGCCAGGGCCUUCCGCAGCGCCCCGCCCAUCCGCGUCUACAGGACCAUCGGCAUCACUGUCACCACCCACUUCGACCCGGCCAUCUGCAGCACCAGCUUUGACAACAUCGUGCUGAGAGCUGCGGUUCCGGGAGUCGUACCACCCACUGCGGCACCAACCCGCGACCCACCACCGACUGCGGCACCAACCUUCGACCCUCCACCUCCCGCCGUGGAUCCGGGACCGUCGAAUGGGCCCAACACUGAAGAGAGGCCCAGCGUGGUAGAGGACGAGGCGACUGUCGUGGAAGAAGACUCUAUGGAGGACGGGGAGGAUGGUGUGCGGGUGCGUACAGGCUUACGCGGUGACUACACUGCACGGAGGAACAGAAUCUGGGUGUACGAAAGGCAGUGGGCUCGCUGUGCGGCACCAACGAGGAGAUUCGGCAUCUACACGAGCAACAUGGCGGAGUCGACCAACGGGGCUGUGAAAUCCAUCCGGCGUCUUCCCCCCGCGUAUCUGUUAGCUUCAAUGUGGGACUACAACGUCAAGAAGUUUCAUGAGCGGCGUGCGGAGGCGAGAGCUCGGGAUGACUAUUUCACGGAGUAG